AUGCAGUGGGCUCAGCUUUGAUCGAGUUUGGCUGCCGCCCGGGGCCCCUGGGGGACCGCCCCGUCCUCUCCCGUCAGGCCCCGCCCUGGUGGGCGGAGCCACGGGCCGGGCCAGCACGUGUGAGUUCGCCGCGGGUCGCCGCAGUCACUCACCUGAGCGCCUCGGACUGAGCGCGCACGGCCCCCGCGUCCUCCUCCCGCCAGCCCGCCCGCCCGCCCGGCCGGCCCUCGACUCAUGUCCCGCCGCAAGGCCGGCUGCACGCCUCGCCGAGUAGACCCCGCGCCCGCCUCCAACACAGACGACGAGAUGGAGAUGCCGGACCUCGUCAUCGAAGUGAAGCCCGAGCCAGACGCGCGGUCCCUACAGGCCCCGGGGCUGGGGCCCUUCUCCCCGAAGGAAGUGCCCGCGCCGGGGCUGUUCGAGGGCGAGCCCCGCCACUCCCCCGACCCCGUGCCCGCCGGGAGCCCUCUCCACGCCCCGGGCGAGCGGAACCAGUGGGCGCUGUGGACGCCACUGAUCCUCAACCCUCGCGCAGACCGCCAGCCCUGGACUGACAAACACCCAGAUCUGUUGACCUGCGGCCGUUGCCUGCAGACCUUUCCGUUGGAGGCCAUCACUGCUUUCAUGGACCACAAGAAGGUGGACUGUCAGCUUUUCAGAGGCCCCAGCCCCUGCCAGGGCUCAGAACGCAGGGACCCCAAGGCCUUGAGCUGCUUCCGCUGCGGGAGACAGUUCACAGGGGCCUGGAAACUGCUGCGCCAUGCCCAGUGGGACCACGGGCUGUCCAUCUACCAGACGGAACCUGAGGCCCCAGAAGCCCCGCUGCUGGGCCUGGCGGAGGUGGCCGCUGCCGUGUCGGCAGUGGUGGGGCCGGAAGCGGAGGCCAAGGGCCCCCGGGUGAGCAUCCUGCCCCGGCGGAGCCCCACCUGCCCUGUGUGCGCGAAGACCCUUAGCUCCUUCAGUAAUCUCAAAGUGCACAUGCGCUCGCACACCGGCGAGCGGCCCUACGCAUGUGACCAGUGUCCCUAUACCUGUACCCAGAGCAGCAAGCUCAACCGCCACAAGAAGACCCACCGGCAGCUGCGGCCUCAGAGCCCCUGCGGGGCCAAAGCCAGUCAGGAACAGGCCUCUGCUACCGCCCCUCCGGAGCCCGCCGCCCAUGCAGCUGCCCCGGCCAGCAGCCUGCUGUGCAGCAGUGGGGAGGGCGCCGGGGCAGCAGCCACAGCGGGCGUCCAGGAACCCGGGGCUCCUGGCGGCGGGGCCAGCUGGGGACCUACCCCCAAGGAACACACAGCUGAGCCUGCCAAGAGCCAGACGUCCCCCAAGAAGAUGCCCAAGCCGGCGGGCAAGAGCCGCGGGCCCGGGGGCAGCUGCGAGUUCUGCGGGAAGCACUUCACCAACAGCAGCAACCUGACGGUGCACCGGCGCUCGCACACGGGCGAGCGGCCGUACGCCUGCGAGCUCUGCUCGUACGCCUGCGCGCAGAGCAGCAAGCUCAACCGCCACCGCCGCAUGCACGGCCUGGGGCCCGGCAGCGCCCGCUUUGAGUGUCCCCACUGCUGCGUGCCCUUCGGCCUGCGCGCCACCCUGGACAAACACCUGCGGCAGAAGCACCCCGACGUGGGCGGGGAGGCCUGAGCUGCAGGGAUGCCCUCCCUGUUGGUCCUGGCACCGCGCGGGGGGGGCCGCUGCUGCUCCACGUCCUUGUCCUUCCUCCGCCGCCAGUAAAGCCUCCCGCCCAGUCA